AUGAGAAAGUUCAUCUCCGGACAGGGGAGACAUGUGAAAAAGGAGUGCAAAGCAGCAUUGUUAAUCUAUAACAUGGAUACUUCAAGAUUGAUGGUGUAUGCUCAGCAGGUGGAGGAUGAAAAGAGGAAAGACAAAGAGGAGCAUAUGAGCAAGAAGGCAAGGUAUGAUCUGCAAGGACAGAGUCGCCAAAGUUUCAGACCCCAGGGUUCUCAAUCCCAGACUAGUAAAGAGUGUCCAAUAGGGGGAAAUAGAGCCCAGCAUUCUACCACUGCACCAUCGGCUAGGGGUGAUCAGAGGGGCACUACUUCAGGCAUGAGGGGAGGUACAAACUGUUUAUAUGCCAUGGAUAGUCGCCAAGAUCAAGAGAACUAUCCAAAUGUUCUGACGGGUAUGAUUUGA